AAUAAGAAAUAGAAAAUAAACGCACACAGUGAUGGUGGUCAUACCCUUUAUAUGUUAAAAAGACGACAAGUAUACAGACUACAGAGCCAGAGCCACACUCCAUUCCAACCUCCGUCUCCGUUCUCCAUCCUAUAGAUACAACCUAUACAUACAUACAAACACAAAACCACACCAUGUCUACACUUCCAGCUAGACACAACAAACCACUCCACAAUUUCUCUCUCCCGUUCCUCAAAUGGGGCCAACGUAUCCACAUCAACCACCGUCGCCGUAACCGCAGCAACUCACCUCACACCGAUUCCGACUCCGAUUUCAACAAACCUCACUCUAACCAAACAAACGAAGACGUUUUGGUCAACACAACUGAAAACAACAAGCUAUUACCUGAAAACGGCGGCGGUGGUGAUGUUGUUGGUACGGCGGUUGACGGUGAUGUCAAGCCGUGGAAUUUAAGACCUAGGAGGCUAGUUACCGGUAGUGGUGGUGAUGGUAAUGGUGUGAAAUCGGUGCGUGGUGGUGUUGGUGUUGUCGCUGUGACGGCGGCGGCAACGGCGGAGGAAGAAGAGGAUCGGAGUAAGAAGAGAAGGCUGUGGAUUUCGUUAUCGAAGGAGGAAAUUGAAGAAGAUAUUUAUGCGUUUACUGGUUCGAAACCUGCGAGAAGGCCGAAAAAAAGAAGCAAAAUUGCCCAGAAACAAGUUGAUAAUGUGUCUCCUGGACUAUACUUGGUUGGGAUUUCAUCGGAUUCCUAUCGAGUUUAAAUUACUACUACUAGUACUGAUAGGUGUAGAGAUUAAGAAGUGAUAGGAUGGAUGGGAUGGCAAUCUACUUGGGAAGAAAAAGACUUUUACUUUGUUUUUAAUGAAGGCUAACUUUUUUAAGGUAUAAUGUAGUUGGGUUGUCCAUUUUCAAGUAAAUGAUUUAGUUGCAGGACCUGGUUUAACUUAGCUUUUGUUUUUGGUUUAUGAUAUGGAAUGUUAUAUGUUAAUAUGAUAGAUGUAUGUAGAAGGUUAAAGACUUAAACUUUUUUGUGUAUGUCAUGGCUAAUGAAGCUCGGCCUGCUCUUAUAGAAAGUCUCGUGAUUGGUCUUUGA